UUCAAAAAUUACUCUUAGAAAUUUUUUUCUUGGCGGAACAUCCUAAACUUUUCAUCAUUUCGGCUAUAAUUGUUUUAGUGCUUUACCUUUUGAGUUUCUAAAAUGAAGCGCCGUCGCUGGUAUCGGGAUGCGAAUAUGCAUCCUAAAUAUUUUCCUCGGCGCCUGUCAAAAGAGAAAUGCUUUAUGCUACUGCAAAUACUUAAUGCAGGUUUAAGAGGACCAAUACAAAAAGAAACAAUUUUGCCGAUAUAUACAGUGAAUCCUUCUAACAAAAAUGUAACUUCUCCAGAACCAUGUAACUUAAAUUCCAAAGUAUCUGACGUGCAGAAAGCAGAAGUAAAGAAGUAUCUUCCAGUGCAUCCAGUGGGAAGUCUCAACACCAUACUUAGUGCUCAAACAGUUUUCCUUUCCAAGAAAGUUCGAAAAUCAGUAAAAUUAUCACAAAAGAAUUUCAUACUUCGUAAUUGUACCAAGUGUGUAAAAUCAUUAAGUGGUAACGUCUUGAACAACCCAUUGGUAAUUGCUGUGUAUGGCUUGAGCUAUCUGCUUGAGCGGUUUGUAUAAAUCUUCAGCUAAUGAUGUGAUAAGAAGAAAAACAACACCAGACAUCUUCCACUAAUCACUUAAUACCAAACCCAAGUGUGUUUAGCAAUGAAAAAUAUAUGAAAAUGAAAAAGCAGUUUAUUUAUAGAAGAGUUGCGGUAAUCUUUGAUUCGGGCCUGAUUUAUGAUUUAUCCAAAAACAUUAAAACAAAAAUAAAAACCUGACGAAAUAUAAAAACCUAACGAAAAAUAAAAACUUAACAAAAAUGGU